UCUCAGACGCGACAACGACGACGACGUACGGUACCGCCAGAAAGUCACCCAAAAAACGCCUGGGCAUAAAGGGUCAUUUCACAAUCGAAGCUUGAAUUGAUCGCACGACUUUACGCAAGACUCACUUCAUAUCCGUGCUAAAAAUUUUAUAUUUUUUGUCAGUUUAAAACAAAAAACACAUUUUUUUGAACUUUGGAGAAAUUUAAAGAAGUGAAUUAUUAUUAUUUAAUUCAAUAAGACAAUUUCAAUAUUUAAGCUGUGUUAAAGUUAAUUGAAAUUAAAACAAAACUUUAAUUUUAGCGACUUUGUUAAUUGUCGCGAAGUUUGAUUUAUUUCUAUUUUUACAGGACAAACAAGCUUAAAGCAAUAAUUAUCGUUAGUGCAAAUAAAAGUUGUUUGAAUUUUAAUUUAAAGUAAAAACUAAGAUAGUUUUUUCACCGAGAAGUGUUCCAAUGAAUGAACUAAAAUGGCUACUGGUGCAAGUAUUUGCUUGCAUUCUCCUACUUUCGGCUUUGACUUCAGCUGAAAAAAUCAAAAACCUGAAUCAGAUGCUUGCAUGGAAGGUCCUUGAAUAUGGUUUUCACUCGGACAUCGAACGUCAAUAUGCUGUUGACAAUGGUCUUCUAACCCCUAACACAGGAACACCAAUCGAUGUUGCUAUACAAUAUAUGCCUGGAGGUAAUAUGAGAGUGUUUACAACAAUUCCAAGGUUUUCUAAAGGAAUUCCAUACAGUUUGGCAACAGUGUCGAGUAAAAUUGGUCAAAAUGGACCAACAAUCUACCCAUAUCCCAGUUAUGAUGUCCAUAUAAACAACAAUGCUGCAUGUUCGGGAAUAAUUUCUGUCUUUCGUGUUGCAAUUGAUAAAUGUGAUCAAAUGUGGGCAAUCGAUUCGGGAGUUAUCGAAGGAGUUCAAAUCUGUCCUCCACAGCUGUUAAAGUUCGAUCUUAAGACCGACACUCUUCUGCAUCGUUACCAAUUUCCACAGAGUUUGUACACUCCAGUGUCAUCACUCCUCAUCAAUCUCGUUGUUGAUACUUGGGACUCUCCACCAAUGGGUUUCUGUCAAAAGGCCAUGAUUUACAUAGCUGAUGUGACAAAGCCUGGUCUCUUGGUCUAUGACUCUGUCCUCGAUGAGGCAUGGAGAGUGGAAAAUAAACUUAUGAAUCCUGAUCCCGACUUUGGAACUCACAGUGUUGCCGGUGGCACUUUCGAACUCAUGGAUGGUAUUUUCGCCAUUAAUCUUACUCCACGCAACAAAAAAGGUGGAUACAAUGAGAGGUUCCUUUACUUCCAUGCUCUGGCCAGUGAAAACGAGAAUUCAGUGCCUCUAUCGCUCCUGAACAAUCGUUCAAUUUGGUUGCAAGACACCAACGCAUAUCCAGACGCCUUCAUGACAAUCGGCAAACGUGGGGUUCAAGCAGCUAUGGAGGCUAUGGACAGCAAAGGCAACCUCUUCGCCAACACCGAAGAUCCGUUGACAGUGUUUGCUUGGAACAUCUACAGCUCACCUUACACAUUCAAUUCGUUCAAAAUCGUUGCUAACAAUCAGGAGCAGUUACAAUUUGCAAGUGGCAUGAAAAUUGUAAGGAAUCCACAAGGCAAGGAGGAACUCUGGAUGUUAACUUGCAGAUUCCAGAAAGUUGCAAGUGGAACGUUAGAUCCCAACGAAAUCAAUUUCAGAAUUUUGGCUUGUAACACAGAUGAUCUCCUGAGAAACAGAGAAUGCAGUCGAUUUCAAUCGCAAAUGACUCCCUAUACUGAAUCACCUUACACGAAUCUAAUUCUAAGCUAGGAUUGGAGUUUUUAAUUGAAAAGGUUUCGAACGACGAAAUUGUAAGGAAAAGAAAAAUGUGUGCGUCUUUAUUUUAAAAUAAAUUAUUUAUUUAAAAUUGA